UAAAAUACAAAUAUCUUUUCUGAUUGGUCGAAAUAAGUAUAUUUCUUACGUGACGCUCCGAAUACUCUCCAAAAAUGCUACUUUAUUUAUAUACUUCGUAUAUUAGAUUUUUUUUUUUUUUUUUUUUUUUUGUAAAAAACAACAAAGCACUGCUUCUUCGCCACCUUCAUCUCCCUACCUCAUCUCCCCCUAAAAUUCAGGUUUCCCCAAUCAUCCCUAAACCAUUUCCUUCCCAUGGCUUCCAAAAUCUCAAUAAUCCUCACUCUCAUCCCAAACCCUAAUUUUCGCAACUCGAAGAAUGUGAAACUGAAACCCUCAGCCAAUCGAAUUCUGAAUUCUACAACCCCAUUUUUUCAAAUUUGGGUUAAUAAUCAUGAAAUCGAAAGGCGAUACGGGUUUCUUGAUUCGCUACUUCGUGUUGUUGCCAUUAAUAUUGGCGACAUUGUUUCGCGCCAUAAAUUCCCAAGGAGAUAAUGGUGGUAGUAAUAAUUCUACUGAUGAUAAUAUUGAUAAUCCUGCUGCUGUUGAUUAUGUUACGCAGAUUAUUUAUGAUCGAUUUGCUAAUAGCAGCGAAUUUUUGACCCCUGAGAUUACGAAAACAUUCAGAUUUUGCAUCAAAGAUAUGGAGGCUGAAUGGAAUUCCGCAUUCGAUUUCUCGAGGAAUUUGAGUUUUUUGUCCAAUUGCAUUAUUAAAACCAAAGGGGACUUGGUUCAGCGCUUGUGCACAGCAGCAGAAAUAAAGUAUUAUUUCUCCAGUUUUCGUGACAGUGUUACCAUGGGCAUUCUUCCCAUGAAGUUAAACCGCAACUGUAACUUAACCACAUGGCUUUCUGGGUGUCAGCCAGGAUGGGCCUGUAGUGUUGUUAAUGAGCAGAGAGUCAAUUUUAGAAAUUCAAAGGAUAUUCCAGAUAGAACAGAUAAUUGCCAGCCUUGUUGCGAAGGGUUCUUCUGCCCUCAUGGCUUAACUUGCAUGAUACCUUGUCCACUUGGUUCGUAUUGUCCAAUAGGAUCGUUCAACAAAACUACAGGUGUUUGUGACCCGUAUCAUUACCAACUUCCACAGGGGCAACCUAAUCACACUUGUGGCGGAGCUGAUAUCUGGGCUGAUAUAAGCAGUAGUGGAGAGGUUUUCUGUCCAGCAGGAUCAUACUGUCCAACUACUGCUGAGAAAGUAUCAUGCAGUCGUGGGCAUUACUGCCGAACAGGCUCUACAUCUCAAUCACGAUGUUUGCUUAUGACUAAAUGUGAUGCAGGAAGCUCAAACCAAAAUAUUACUGCUUAUGGGGUCUUGCUUUUUGUUGGAAUAACCUCUUUACUUCUGCUUAUUUAUAAUUGCUCUGAUCAAGUUCUUGCUACUCGAGAUAGAAGACUAGCAAAAUCUAGGGAAGCUGCUGCAAAAAGUGCACGAGAAACAGCUCAAGCACGAGAUCGAUGGAAAUCUGCUAAAGAUGCUGCUAAAAAACAUGCAGUUGGACUACAGAGACAAUUGUCGCAUACAUUUUCCAGGAAAAAAUCUGCAAUGCUGGAAAACCAGCCUAGAGCUCUUCCUCAAACUAAUCCUGAAACAGAUGCAUCUUUGCCUACUACUUUAAACACACCAAAUUCAUCUCAAGAAUUGUCAAAAGCUGGAAAAGGGAAAAAACAUGAGUGCAGUGACCUUGCAAAUAUGAUGACUGAAUCUGAGGAGGAUCGUGAUGGCCAUAAAGGUUUCAACUUUGAGAUUGGAGAUAAGAAUCUGAAGAAUGUGAAGACUAAUCAAUUUCAUACUCAUAGCCAGAUUUUUAAAUAUGCAUAUGGUCAGAUUGAGAAGGAAAAGGCUCUGCAGGAGCAGAAUGAUAACCUCACUUUCUCGGGAAUACUUUCAGCUGCCAAUUAUAUUGAAAUCAUGAAGAGACCCACGCUUGAGGUGGCUUUCAAAGAUUUAACCCUUACCUUAAAGGGGAAAAAGAAGCAUCUGUUGCGAUGUGUAACAGGGAAAAUCUCUCCCGGAAAAGUGUCAGCUGUCAUGGGACCAUCAGGAGCUGGGAAAACAACAUUUCUUUCUGCUUUGGCUGGGAAGGCUACUGGCUGCAAAAAGACUGGCAUGAUUCUUAUUAAUGGAAAAGCUGAUUCGACCCACUCAUACAAAAGAAUUAUUGGAUUUGUUCCUCAAGAUGAUAUAGUGCAUGGAAAUUUAACAGUUGAAGAGAAUUUAUGGUUCAGUGCAAGAUGUAGGCUAUCGGCAGAUCUGUCAAAAGCGGAAAAGGUCUUAGUUUUGGAAAGGGUAAUUGAGUCAUUGGGGUUGCAGACUGUACGGGAUUGCCUUGUUGGCACUGUUGAGAAACGAGGAAUCUCAGGAGGGCAGAGGAAAAGGGUUAAUGUAGGGCUGGAGAUGGUUAUGGAGCCUUCACUGUUGAUCUUGGAUGAACCUACAUCUGGAUUGGACAGUUCCUCAUCGCUGCUGCUGCUUAGAGCGCUCCGUCGUGAAGCACUCGAAGGUGUAAAUAUUUGUAUGGUGGUUCACCAACCAAGCUACGCAUUGUUCAAGAUGUUUGACGUGUUGAUACUUCUGGCAAAAGGUGGUCUUGUUGCUUAUCUUGGACCAGCAAAGAAGGUAGAAGAGUAUUUUUCCAGCCUUGGAAUCACUGUCCCUGAACGUGUCAAUCCUCCAGACCAUUAUAUUGACAUCUUAGAAGGAGUUGUGAAGCCAAACUCAGAUGUAAAUUAUAGAGAACUUCCUAUUAGGUGGAUGCUUCAUAAUGGAUAUCCAGUUCCCCUUGAUUUGCUGAGUGAGGUUGGUCUUCCUGAAUCUUCACAAGGGGAAAGUUCUGGUGACAAUGAAAAGCCUGCUGCUGGAAAGUCUUUUGCUAGAGACCUUUGGCAAGACAUGAAGUGUAAUGUUCAGUUAAAAAAAGACUACAUGCUGCAUAAUUUUCUAAAAUUGAAUGACCAAUCAAAUAGAAAAACUCCUGGUAUUUUCCAGCAAUAUAGAUACUUCCUUGGACGAGCUGGCAAGCAGCGGUUAAGAGAAGCUAGGAUCCAAGCUGUGGACUACCUUAUUCUGCUUCUAGCUGGAGCUUGCUUGGGAACCCUUGCAAAAGUGAGUGAUGAGACAUUUGGCGUGGUUGGUUAUACAUACACUGUUAUCGCUGUGUCUCUACUAUGUAAAAUUGCAGCCCUGAGAUCAUUUUCUCUAGAUAAGUUGCAUUAUUGGAGGGAGAGCGCUUCUGGCAUGAGCAGUCUGGCUUUCUUUCUUGCUAAGGACACUAUCGACCAUUUCAAUACGAUUGUCAAGCCUUUGGUUUAUUUAUCAAUGUUUUACUUCUUCAACAACCCUCGAUCGUCCGUUCUUGAAAAUUAUGUUGUUUUGCUUUGUCUCGUGUAUUGUGUAACUGGAAUAGCAUACGUACUUGCUAUCUUCUUCGCACCUGGUCAAGCUCAACUGUGGUCAGUCCUGCUGCCGGUUGUCUUGACUCUGAUUGCAAGUCAAGAAAAUGGAAGUGGGUUUCUUAAGAAACUACAAAAUUUGUGCUAUACAAAGUGGGCCCUGGAGGCAUUUGUAAUUGCAAAUGCGCAGAGGUAUUCUGGAGUUUGGCUGGUAACACGUUGUGGUGCUCUUUAUGCAAAAGGUUAUGAUGUUAAUAAUUGGGAACUCGCCCUAUGUGUCCUCAUUGCUACUGGUAUAAUAAGCAGAAUUAUUGCGUUCAAUUUUAUGAUACUCCUUCAAAGGAAAUAAUGCAGUCGAUUCCUCAUGAAGUCAUGAUAUAUACAUUUCCCCUGCCCUUGGAAAAUGUUUCUGUUUAAUCCUUGAAGUUAUAUCAUGAUUGAUUUUAUGCAAUAAGAAAGUUUCAUGGGAAGGGCGAAAAAAGGAUUGGUUUACUGGUGGUAAGUCUGUUUCGACGAGGACACAUACAGAAGGAACCAGCAGCACCAAACAAGCUGACUAAAAGAUUGAAUUAUAUUUAUCAGUUUCUGUUUUGUUGUUCUAACUCCCUAACAUAUGGAAAGACUACCUAGAUUGACAAUCAUGGUAAAAGAAACAUGCGCACACUAAUGAAUUUAGAUAUCAUGUUUUAUCAAUGUUAUCAUAGGAUUUGUGUAUAUAUGUGACUAUUAUGUGUAUAUGCAUCUAAUUCUAUUGAUAAAAAUUUCAAAUGUUGUACAUGCAUCUUAAUCAGCACUCAUUAUCAUAUUUGUAAACUCUAUUUCCAUCCAUUUUGGGAAGAGCAACACUAUGAUUAUAAGUAA